GACUCUGGUGGGGGACUCUGGUGUGUGGCCGACUGUGGGCGUAGGGGCACCUGGCAUCCCUGAGAUGACUGCCUUCGGGUCCUAAUCCCUCCCCGGCCAGAGGCCAGCUGUAGCCAACCCUGGCCUCCCCCGGGGGGCGGGCGGGUGGGGCGGGGCCGGGGGCGGGGCCUGGAGCUCUCUGACAGCCCGUCCUCUUCUCCCCGCCCUCCGCCCCGCCCCCCAGGAGAUCCGCAUGUUGAAGAAGGUCGUGUCUGUCCACCCGGGAGACGUGCUUAUCACCUCCUGCACAUACAACACGGAAGACAGGAAGCUGGCCACCGUGGGGGGCUUCGGGAUCCUGGAGGAGAUGUGCGUCAACUACGCGCACUACUACCCCCGGUCGCAGCUGGAGCUCUGCAAGAGUGCCGUGGACCCCGGCUUCCUGCAGAAGUUCUUCCACCUGGUGAACAGGUUCAACAGCGAGGAAGUCUGCACCUGCCCUCAGGCCUCUGUGCCCGAGCAGUUUGCCUCUGUGCCCUGGAACUCCUUCAGCCGCCAAGUGCUCGGGGCCCUGUACGGCUUCGCCCCCAUCUCCGUGCACUGCAACAAGUCCUCGGCCGUCCGCUUCCAGGGCGAGUGGGAUCGACAGCCCCUGCCUGAGAUCAUCUCCAAGCUGGAAGAGCCCUCCCCUCGCUGUGCAGCCAGCCGGCGCCAGAGCCCCGCCGGGCCCGCCGUGGUCAGCAUCGGUGAGGGCGAGGGCUGAGCUCAGGCCGUCUCUUCCACCCCGCCCCUGUGGGCUCACACCAGCUCUGUGCACCCCCUACUCUGCGAAGACCCCCGUUGAACAGCCGUGUGUGCCCUGGAUGAGGGGCUGCGCCAAGCCCCUGCUGGAAGCCCGGUGCAUUUAGCAUUCUCCCCCCCAGGGGCCCCCUGCAUGGCUGAGACAGCCCCGGGCCCGCUCCCUGUUGACACGCCCAGGACUGGGUGGACCGAGGCCUCUGCACGGCUUUGUGAUGUAACGUAAGGAUAACCCCCUCGGAGGUCUAGAGUCCAGCGCCCCGAAAGCCCUGUCAUCUCGCUGAGAGGGGCCGGCCUCCCGGGCCACGGGCCACACCUGGCUGGCAGGCUCGCCCAGGGUGGCCCUGCGUCCCUGGCCCCUGCUGAUGGCGGUUGUGUUGUGUGUGAUGGUGCGAGCGCUACUUAAACAUUUCCCUGCAGAGUGGCUCGUUUGUCACAGUGGGCGUCUCCCCUGCCGACGGAGGCAGGACAAGCCAUUUAGCUAGUUAGAGACUUGCCUGGGAAAUUCCUCCAUCGCAGGGUAAAUAGGUAUUUCCGCCCACCCAAAGGGAAACUAACAGCAAGUCCUGCCGCCACCCAAAGAGGCGACAGCAAUGAUCCAGGCUGGGGUCUGGGCGCCAGCUCCCUGGGAAACGAAAUGACUAGCCUGGGACGACUGCUCUCUGCAGCGGGACGGGCGUCUGACGGGGUGAGCGGGCCCUAGCAUCAGGCCUGUGUCGGGAGCCCCGCCCCCCGCCUGGGUCUUCUCUCCUGUGACCCAGGGCCAGUGCCGUGUGGGUUACUGAGAGAAUAAAUCUCACACGCGGGCCGGCCCCCAGCGACCGCUAACACGGGGUGGCGCUGCCCCCAGGGGAGAAAGCAUUGCCUGAACACCGCUCUGCCCGGCGCAGGGUCAGGCGCCCAGCCCGGGGUGCUGCGGAACAUGCCGCUCGCGUCCUGGGUCAGUCUCCACCUCCCUCCCCUCUUAGCUGCCUCUUGUUUAAGGCCAAGUUCAGCUCUUCGGUGGUUUUUGCUGGGAGUGACAGAUUCAACUCUGUUCAGCCAGUUCAGCAAAAUGCUGCACAGCCUUUAGGGGAGAGAGAGCGUGAUGGAUGGACCUUCGAGUCCCCCCCCUUACGCCUCAACAGAGGCCUGCUAAGCAGCUGCCUCUCCUGCCAGCCACUUCAUUACCGACGGGACAAGCAGGCCCAGGCGCACGGCACUGCGUCCCAUAAAUCAUGGCUUCCCGCGCCGUAAGUCCCGGGGCGUGAUGGCUGUGAAAUGCCAGGCCUGACAGAGGCUGGAGAGCGGCCGGCCCUCCGUCAUCUUUAUAGUCUCGGAUGACAGUGGGGAGGGAGGCCCCUCUGCAGGGCGCAGGCCUGGGGAAGGCGGCCUGGAACACCCCCAGCCUCUGGCCAUGGUCGUCUGGCCCAAGAACAGCUUUUCCCUCUGAUUGUGCCCUCCUGCCAGCCCAUACAGGGGUCCCAGUCAGCCCAGAGCUCCGGGAGAGGGUUCGAGGGAGCCCCCCCAGCCUCAUGCCGCCCAGCCCUUCCUGGUUUUGUUCCCCAAACACCCGAGAGGCACUUGUGACAACCUGGCCUCACCGAGGAGGGAGCUGCGAGCUGCGAGCUGCGGUUCACAGAGGAGAAACGCCUCGCCCGGGGUCCCUGGAGGAUUAGUGGAGAUCAGGAAUCACACCCGGUUCCAGAACCUUCCAGCACCCACACUGACUCCCCCUCCCCUUCGCUCACUACCGCUCUCAGCCUGGUCACUCUUCCCCGGGGACAACGUGUUGUCCUCCCCCUGCAGACGGCGCUGCCGGCUUCCUGCCCUGCCACCCCAGCGCCCGGCUCUGAGUAUUGCGCCCAUGUCACUGAUAGGAGUAGGCACCCUGGUCCACGCUAAGCUGCCCACAAACCCACACCAUACGUGCUGUUUCUGUGCCACUGACAGAUGGGGAAACUGAGACUAGGUGCGGAGGUCACCCAGAGUGAGCAGGGAGCCGGGAAGUGACCCCGCAGCUGUCUGACCGUCAAGCCUGGGCUCUCAUCCCUGUUUCCUUACUUCGGAAACAGGCACUGUCCCCGGUCCUCACAGGGGCUAAGCAAGGACAGCUGGAGGAAUGCUUUAUUACCUGAAAACCAGCGGCCGGGUCCAGGCUCACGCACCUUCUGAAGGACCCGGGCGGUGGAGAAAGUGUGGGCGUGGGCGUCCAGCAGCCUGGGUGUCCGUUCCUCCCUCUGCCAUGUGGCCCUGGCCAAUUUGCUUUCCUUCUCUGGGCCUCCAUCUCCCCCUCGCCCACUGAGGAGAAGGUCCCCCAGCCUCCUGGGGGCGACGGCUGACAGGGUGACGUGACCUGUCAGCUGGAAGCGCCCGGCGGCCCAGGCGGAGGCGUGCCCGUGCAGACUCAGUGUGGAGAGGGCCUGGCGGUGGGGUGGGAGUGUCCGGGCUGUGGGCUCCGGCUGGAGCAGGUGUGUCCUUCAGGCCUGGACUGCCCUGUGGUCACCAGGCUCAGUGGCUGUUUAAGCUUAAUUUUGAAUGAAUUGAGAUGAUGUAAACUAAAACGUUUGGGUUCUCGGUCACAUCGGCCACAUUUCAACCGCUCAACAGCCACAUGGGACCAUGGAUACUGGGUGCACAGCCCAGACACAGAAUUCCCAUCAUGCAGAAACUGGGCCGCGCCGCGCCACGGCUGGGGCCCAGCUGCACAGGGUGGGAGCCACCUGUACCCUCACAGCUGAGCCUCUCCUGACGGGCCCAGGGGCCCAGCUCUGGCUAGCUCUGGACAGAGCUGCUGGACACCACAGGGGUGUGGAGGUUGUCCGCGGGGGCAUUUUGGGCAGGACCAGUCUCUGAGGCUAAGGAUGGUCCCUCCUGCUGUGAAAGGUACAGCCUCCUUGGCCCCAACACAAAGCGUCAGCAGCACCCCGCAUUGUGACCGCCAGAAACAACCCCACAGGCUGCCAAAGGUCCAGUGGGGACAGGCUCAGGUCGGAGAUGCUUUGAGUCCCCCAGCUGUCGAAGGCGCUCAC